CAUCAUUUACCUGCAGAAGAGCCACAGAGGAACCAUGCAAACCUUCUGCUAGAGACCUGAGCCAAACAUAUCUUCAGGAUCCUGCAUCGUGAAAUGAAAUGGCAGCUGUUGGUGUUAUCCUCAUUUUCUUCCCUAUGACAUGGGCCUGUGCCCCUCAAAAAGCUGAUUAUGUGAUGGUAUCGUGUUUUCCCAAUGCCAUCAUUGCAAACGUGCCAGAGUGUCCAUAUGGAUGGGAGAUUGGCCAGCUGUCCCUGGGCGGCGUGUGCUACUCCGGUAUUAACACUCCGGGCUUCUAUCGUUUCACCAUCCCAGACCUCACUCCUAAGAAUCACUCUUACUGUGGGACCUUGUCUGAGUAUAUAGGAGGAAAAGACCCACGGUACAUAUUCUACAACUCAAUAGUAUCCAAUGAUUCCUCGCUCACAGUGCGGAACCAGCCAGUCAACUACACAUUCAGUUGCACCUACAAAGCGGCUUAUCUGGUCAACAAUGCCGUGUUCAGCCAAAGAGUGGCAACAGUUUAUGUCAACAAUGGGAGUUUAGGUUCUUUUAAGUCUCAAUUGUCCAUGAAUGUGUUCACAAACUCAAAGUUCCUGUACGCAAAAGAUGCACCGUAUGUGAUUGACACAUCAGAGAUCGGAUCUGAGGUGUUCAUUGGUAUUGAGGCGAAAGGACUCAGUAACCGGUUCAAAGUAGUAAUAACAAAUUGCUGGGCAACACCUACACCUUAUUCAACAGACAGGAAAAGGUGGACUUUAAUUCUGAACAGUUGCUCUUUAGACAGCACAGUCACCAUAUUUGAAAAUGCCAAAGACAGUCGGUCCAUGUUCAAGUUCAAUUCAUUCCGCUUCCAGCGGUUAGAGAAAGUGUCCACUGUGUGGCUCCAUUGUGAGGUUCAAGUGUGUGAUGGGGAAAAGCUGUUCUGCCAGCCAACUCCAUGUUCAUCAAGAAGUACUGAAGUUGAACCUGAUUCAAAUGGAGGCAUCCUGACCAUGGAGUUUCAAGUUAAAGCACAACUUUCCUCGAGUUACAUACACCUUGCAGGCCCAUUUCUGUGUAUGCUGUCCAUAAUGCUAUUGAAUGAAUUUUUAGGAUACUUCAGUUUGUCAAUUUAA